AUGUACGCUAAGGAGGAGACUGCUGCUGGGGGUGCCCUCCCGGCCCAGAAAGCUCCAGAGGACUCGCCGGUCUUCAUCCUGUGCUUGGACCAACAGCCGGAAGCGAUCCUCCAGCUCCAACUUGAGGUCCAUCAGCGCCUGAUAUUGGGUUUGGUGAAGACCGAGUUUUGGGAAGAGACUUUCCGUUGCCGGCUGAAUGGAUCCUUAAAUACUCAUUUACAUGGAGAAGAGGCACUGAACUGGCCGCCCUGCAAUGGCAGUGAGAGUCUGGACAAUGUUUACACUCUUUAUUCAGAUGUGUCACAACUCAGAGUCUCCUACAAUGUUUAUAAGGCUGUGUAUCUCAUAGCACAUGCACUGCAUAACAUGAGCAAAUGUGAACCAGGAAAAGGCCCCUUUCAGAAUGGGACAUGUGGGAGUCUGAAUCCAGUUCUGCCAUGGCAGAUCCUGUACUAUUUGAAACAAACACAUUUCACAACAUUGGGGGAAGAGGUCCAAUUUGAUGAUAAUGGUGAUCCCAUUGCAUCAUAUGACCUGAUGAACUGGCAAAGAGGGUCUGAUGGGUCUCUUCAGCUAGUGAGGGUAGGAUUCUAUGAUGCCUCCCUUGAAGAUGGCAAAGACCUAGUAAUAGAUGAGCCAGUAAUUAUGUGGCACAGAAGAGAGAAGGUACCAGAAUCAUUGUGCAGUCAAAGCUGUCUGUCAGGCUCCAGGAAGGCCAGGCAAAAAGGAAAGCCUCUCUGCUGCUUUGACUGUAUACCAUGUGCUGAAGGGGAGAUCAGUAAUCAAACAGAUUCAAUUGAUUGUCUGACAUGUUCAAAGGAAACAUGGCCAAACCAAGCCCAAGACCAGUGCAUCCCCAGAACUUUAGAAUUUUUGUCCUUUCAGGAGCCCUUGGGAAUAAUACUUUGGGCAUUUUCAGCAUUUGGAGCCUGUGCAGCAGUAGCAGUGCUUGUUGUGUUUAUAUUGUACAGAAAGACUCCAGUCAUACGAGGGAACAAUAUGGAGUUAAGUUUCCUUCUCCUCAUGUUUCUUUGUGCAUGCUUUCUGAUUGGCCUAACCUUUUUAGGGAAGCCCAGUGACUGGUUAUGUCGGAUUCGUUAUCCAGCCUUUGCAAUAAGCUUUACUCUCUGUAUUUCAUGCAUCUUGGCAAAAACUGUAGUAGUUUUAAUGGCUUUCAGGGCCACCCUCCCUGGCAGUAAUGUCAUGAAGUGGUUUGGCCCUGCUAAACAAAGAUCAAGUGUAAUCUUGUGCACUUUUGUGCAAGCACUUAUUUGCUUUAUAUGGUUUACAACUAAUCCACCUGUUGCAUCAUAUAACACUAAGUUCAUGAGUGCAAAUAUGAUUGUUGAGUGUACUGUGGGAUCUGAAAUUGGAUUUUGGUGUGUGCUUGGUUAUAUUGGCUUCCUAUCUUCGUUGUGUUUCUUAUUGGCAUUUUUGGCCAGAAAACUACCAGACAACUUUAAUGAGGCUAAAUUAAUCACAUUCAGCAUGCUUAUAUUUUUUGCUGUGUGGAUAACCUUCAUUCCAGUUUAUGUGAGCUCUCGUGGAAAGUAUAUGGUUGCUGUCCAUGUCUUUGCUAUUCUAGCAUCUGCAUUUGGUCUCUUACUGUGUAUAUUUGCUCCUAAAUGUUAUAUUGUACUUUUGAAACCCGAGAGAAAUGACAAAAAGUAUGUGGUAGAAAAAAGUGUACAAGUAAUAAGGAUAACCUCACCCUGGAGAGGAUUGUGA